GUGUAUGUACAUCUAGUGGAAGAUAAAAAUACUAUGUUUAAACUUGUGUUUUUGUAUUGGCUCGUUUUAGUCUUCAAAGAUACUAUUUUCUCGACUAGUAGAGUUUCAGCUAUACCACUAUUACCAUGUUGUCGUACAAACACAACAUGUCGUGGCACAGGUCAUGAUAACCACUUUGAUGUGGAAUGCGGAUUAGGGUAUGCUAUUGCAAUAUAUAACAUAACUGUUGGAACCAAAAGGAUGUCAACAGGAUGCCCAAACGCCUGGACUACACCUGUGAAUGACUCGUCGUGUUGUGAAACGAAUGAAGAAGACUGUAUUUUCUUAUUUGAUUCAAAUGCAAAUCAGAUAUAUCACAACAAAAUUAACGGAAAUGAGGUUAUAUCUGGUCUUCCUGUAACAGGGAGUAACACCCCUGCUUCCUGCCAAGGAGGGACUAACAUAUAUUACAACUUAACAAACUACAUGUACAUCAAUUAUAACUGUAUAAAUCGAACACACAUAUUUGACAUGUUCAGUGACACUGGUGUGAAAGUCGUUGUUGAAGCAGAAGCCGUGUAUAUUUGGAGCAAAGACUAUCCGAGCGUGAUACAGGGAGACAUGGAUAGAGCGGCUUGUUCUAUAGAAAUAGAUAACUGUGAUGCUGGUAUUGAGAUGUUCACAUUAGACAUAUCUCUGUACUCAUACAGCAAUGGAUCGUGCGAACAGUACUUGAAAAUCAUGAAUGCCGACAACAAUACUGUGAAUGAUUGGAGCUGUUCUGAGAAUACCGUUGAUGUUGUCUCCGCUAUCGUUCCUAAUUACGUCAUUAUUUACUUCAGUAAGAACAAUAAAGACGUAGGUGGGCGAUUCUGGAUAGGAUUCCAACCGACAACUUCGUCGAACAUCACUGUCAAUUGUCCUCCAGAAUAUCCGACAAUGUGUGAGAGAACGACUACUUCAACUUUAUCGUCCACAACAACUACUAUAUCUAGCUCGAGCGAGUCUUUGAACUACUCAACUUCAACUAACAGUCCACCAGCAGUAAUUUCUACAUCUCAGACGAUUACUACCGAUUCAAACUAUGACUGGGUGCCAAUAGUGAUAGGUGUGUUUGCAGGAUUAAUUUUUAUCGUGAUAGUAAUUCUUAUAACUUUGUACUCCCGCAACUUCGGAGUUUGUCAACGGCGCAAACAAGUUAAGAAAGAAAUUAUUAGAGGAGAUGCAAAUAAUGGCGGAAAUAAAAAUAAACCUUUACAAACGGCUGAAAUAAUAUCUGAAGUAGAAAAUAAGAAAGCAGCAGACUCAAACCCAGUUCUAUGGCCAAACAAAACUACAAAGACUAGACAUAAUCAUGAAGCUAAAUCAACACGCACAGCACAUGAUAAAAUAGACGAAAGUGUCGCGACAAAUAAGAAAGUAAAGUCCAGUAAAAAAAGUAAAAUUCAACCAGAUGGAAAAAGAAUAGGAGAAAAGGUUGUCAGUACUAGUGGAAAAAAAGUAAAAUCGUCACCAAGAAGUGCUACAACUAACUCCUCACAAAAUAUACUUGAUGUUAAUAACAAGAGAACACAUCAACGGAAUAAUGACCAUGUUAUUCAAGAUGGUGAAAAUUGGAAAGGAGAAAAUACAGUCACUGCCGAUGAAAAGAAAGAAAAUUUGCCAAGAUUAUCAUCUAGAGCUACUAUGGACUCGUCAAAGGGCAAAGCAUUUCUACAUAACAAGAAAACAGGGCAGUUGAAUGAAACUCAGAUUUUUAAAGGUGAUUCUCAUGAUCAAAAUCCGAACACUAACACCGAACCACUGAGUACAACAGUUGCAUCCGAAAUAUUACCCGGGAAUAGCCUAUUAAUAGUAAAAAAUGACAUAAAUAUGAUUCCAAAAGAAAAAAGGGCACCGGCAUCCCCUAUUCGAAAUGAAACAGCUUUCAAUGUAGGCGGAUCUAGACCAGAGAGUGCAACUAAAUCUUACAGAAGGAAGAAAAGAAGUAGUUUACAUAGAAAUCAUUUAAGAUAUAAGAACACUCCAACCACCAACCAAGAAAGAUCGUAUCCAAGACCUUAUCACGAUUCAUAUAGCAGCGAAUUUGAAAGUGUGGACGAGAAUGAUGACGAUGAUGACAUCAAACCGUUAGGUCACGAAAACCGACAUCUUCAUAAAGUCAAAGAUGCCUUUCUCGUGAGUAAAAACACUAAGGUUUCUCAAAGGUCUGGUCAUAAGAAAAAGAGACGUAAUAAGAUUAGUCCGACACAUUUGAGUUUAAAACACCGACAUCAUGCUCAACUCAAGAGUAAACCAUUCAGUUUGUUGGAUACAGACAUAAAAGUUCUGCUUGGUAUUAUUGACAAUUAUGAUGAAAACAGGUACUCGACCAUGGUAAACAAUAGUCAAGGUUUAACAAGAUCUGAAGCGAUGAAUGAUUUAUCUAGAAAAAGUCGAAGAAAAAGGUCAGUAAAUGCAAAUGGUUCUACAGACAAAAACAAAGAAUUAGUCGAAAAUGAUGCGUACAAUGAUAUUACCGAUGUUGAAAACAAAGAUGAUAGUUUGCGAAUCGUUAAACCUACUACAUGUAGAAGCCCACAAAUGGCACAAACGGAAAGCUUAAAGACAACAUUGGAAGCAGUUCUUAAUUCGUCAAAACUAAAUCUGAAAAGUAAAAAGAAACAAAAUAAUACUCAAAAAGGUAAACAUUAAACAUUGAAAAGAAGGUGAACAAUAUUGAUGCGGACAAUGUGGUGUUUGUCUCUAAAUGCUAUGAUGACGGUACGAUGAUUGAAACCGUUUUUACUAUAGUACUAAAUUACAUUUUAUUAAACAUGACGUUAUUUUGUAACAGUUAUUUUUUGGCAUGGUUAAAUAAAGACACAGUACAUAUAUAUACAUGUACUUGUAUCUUUAUGUCUCUUUUAGAUA